AUGACAUCAACAUCCAACAAAAAUGCAACAGAGCUAGCUGCUGCCAAUGUGCAAAAGGCAACCCUUAUUGGGACAUUCACAGUUUUCUUGAGUCAGACCCAUAACCAUCCAGAUCAACGAGCACUUGAUCAAUCCUGGGUUGACACACUUGUUGAGCGCAUAGGUACUCCUGAGAUUCUGAACCAAGCACUUCAUCCUAUCAGUGUUAUUUUGAAUGAUGGAUCAUCUGAUCAUGUGCUGUAUGAUUUGCUGCAAAAACAUGGUAUCAACUCCACCCCUGAGCUUCCUCAAGACUUAAGUGUACUGGUUUUUGCUGGCCAACAUUGCUUAGCCAUGUUAUCUCAACUUGGCCUAGGAGGCCCAGAAGAUAUGUGGUGGCAUGCCAAGGUGUACAAGAAAGAAUUGGAACAGAAUCAUCCAGCAGAAUUUUUGACAAUGAUGCAUGAGUCAAACAGCCCUCAACUGAUGAAGCACUCCAGCGACCUUGAGCUAUUCAUGGCUGUCCGGAAACUAAGGAAGCUCCUCAAGUCAGGCACCAUUAAUGAAGAGAAAUUCCUACAAAAUUGUUGCAUGCUACUAGGUGGAUUGGAAGACAGAACCAAUCGGGCAAUAUGCAAUCUGACUCGCAACCAUGAGCUUAUGGAUGCCAUCUCGGAUUCAUUGGCUUGUGUGCAUAUUGCAGCAACAUUUUCAGCAGGCUCAUGGAUGAGACUAACAACUGGCCGUCUGUACAUGGUGGCUGCUGGUCUUGUUCAUGAGAUGCUGGCACAGGUGGACCUGUUGACUGAGGGGAUGAGUGAUGUUCCCAAGGAUGCUUUGACUCUCCCCCCAAGGUCCUGCCAAAUGUCCAAGCUCAAGGUGACUAAAGGUGGUCAGAAAAGGCAAGCACAUGCAUGGGAUGCUCUACCUGGUGGGCGCUCAGGGGCACUCAAAAGAGUGCGUGCAUGCCCAACAAACUUUGUUACCCACUUGAAUCCACGGAAGGAUGACCCAUGGACUUUUCCAGAUAUGGUGAUUCUCCCAUCUUGCCUUGGAUCCAAGAUUGUAGAGGAGGAGUUGAAGCUGAUGCAAACAGUGAUAACUCAUAUGAUCAACAUGAUCACAACCAAGGAUGAGUUCACUCUAUUUACCAAGGGAACCUCAGAAACAAUAGAGAAUACCACUGAUCAUCCAGCAGGAGUGAUAGCCCAGUUUCUUUUGAAGAAACAUGGAGAUGAGGCCAAUGCCAGAGGAUAUGAACGCAAGGUGAUGCAAAGGGUGUGGUCCAGUCGGGAGACUCUUCACACAGAUCUCCAGAAGCACAAAAUGCUUGAACUUGAAGAUGCAAGCCAAGAGAAAUAUCAACAGCUGCUCAACAGUAGCAAGGCAUGGUGGACAGUCAUGAGGCUGUUCAAGGUCAAACAUUUGCAUACAAAGUUUGAGCUCCUAGUGCCAAAGGAGUUUGGAGACCGCCAAGAGAGUGGAACACUGGGUGUAUCAAGUCAGAAGCAACAAAGACUAAGGGCUAACAAGACCCCUGGUGUUGUUGCUGUUGUUGCUGUUAGGCAGGAUACUUUUGAAGCAAAUCUUCAGGAAAGUGAUGUGGAUGACAUGGAGGAUAGCUCUUACCAUGAGCAAUCCAAUCAUGGGCACACAACAAUGCCAAGCCUUGAAGAUCAUAGUGGUGACCAGGGUCAAGUUACUGGAUCUCAUGGUGGAUAUGAUCAAAUAGAAGAUGUGGAGGUGGACCAUGAUAUUGAGGGGGUUGACACACACCAAGAUGCAAGUGAGGAUGGAGGUGAUAAUGAAGCUGAUGCAAGACUCCAGCAAGGUGGUGAUUGGGAACUAGACAAAUCCAUCCUGAAAGUCAUUGCCAGUGCAGAGUCAAUGACAAAAGAAGAAAGCAGAGGCUUGGCUGAACUCCUGGAUCAAAUAACAGCAAGUCAUAGAGAUGGAGACAUGCAAUACUUGGUGGAUGCAUUGCUAGCAAAAGGAAAGCAUGUAUCAACCAAGCUAAAGAAGGUGCAUGAGCAUGAAUAUAACUCAGUCAGUGAAGAUGAGGAUAGGGGGGAUGGUCAGGGAAGUGUAGCUGAGGAGGAGGAAAGGGAGGAAGGUCACAUGGAGGAGGCAUGA